AGUUGCACACGUCUUUAUCUAUUCUCUCGCUCUUCGCAGUUUGUAGCACGAUCAGUAUUGUAAUUCGUUGACUAGGCUUUGUUCUACAGUCAAUCUUGAACACUUGGCAUACGAUAUUGUCGGUUGCAGGUUACUGUGGGUUGUUAUUUAGCUGCAUCCGUCAUGCUCGUAGCCUACGCAGUGACUGCCGUGUUUAUUCUUAAUUGCGAUUUUCGCGCAAUUGGAAAUGAACUCUUCCCUGCUCUACCGCCCUUGUCCCACAGAGGUGCUAUGGUGACAAACUAUUCUGGGAUCACGGCGUCGAUUUGGAAUGGACUGGAAGAUAAGGCUUUAAAAUCGCCUACUACCGACUUGUUUGUGAGUGAUCAAGCAUCCAUAUCAGACAACGUAACGGAAUCAUCUAUGUCGACAGUUUGGACGAUUAAAAAUACUAUUCUGAAACGACAGCUUCUUCCGCUGUUGAAACUUCGUCCUCUUUGGCAAACAGUCCACCGUCGACGAGAAAUUCCAGCUUUGAGCAAACUUCCCUACCUGAUACUUCGCAAACCACCUGGGCGGAUUUCAUUGAUGUACCUUCAACCACUUUAGAUUCCAACAUACUAUCAUCUGUGAAUUCCAAUGCUGUGGACUCACAGACGACUUCACCUGCCACAACUGGAGUCGCUUUCUGGACUACUUUAUCGACUACUUUGUUGAUAAACGACUCACUUGAGUCAUCUACUGCUAGUAAUGGUAUAACCUCAGAGUCUUCAUUUACCGACAAUCUGACUUACCCGACAACAAGCGUUGCGACGUCUUCCAAUUCAACGACUGGAACGACGCGAUUUCAGCAAACCUCUGAAAUGAGCACCAUUAUUACUACACCAGGAACUACCCCCACAACCACCCCACCUAUAUGUACAUGUCAAUCCAUGGAACUGGUAUUGGGGCCCACACAGGUUGGCAGCAGUUGGUUUGCUGUUCCAUUCAACUCAACUACUUCAAGUACACUGUGUGUACAUAGAAAUCUAACUGGAUUGAACGUGACUCUGUAUGGUCCCUUUGAAAAAGAAGAAUUCCCUGCAGAGCUUCAAACUUGCUCUCCAUCAAUCGAUUGUUUGUAUGGAACAGAUCACUCUUUUUUGUUCAAUUCGACGUUGUGUUGCAAAGAAGACAUUGUCGUUCGCCAAUGUAGCAACUACACAUUCACGAUGAUUCCUCAGUAUUCGUCGUGCAUUGGGCAUCCUGUCAACACUUCGAUUUUUACCUUGCCAGGUCCCGACGCGGCACCUAAGGAAGUUGAAGUCCUUCAAACGGGAAGUAAUUGGGUCGUUAUGAGUUGGCAGGAUCUUAAAUUCUGUGAAAGAGCAAUUACUUCCUACCUUAUGAGAUUCGAUUCUUUUUCUCCUGGUGGAGGUAAUAACACCCAAAGAAUUCGAGUUCCUUUGGAGUGUACAAACCGAUCUUCGACUGGGAUGACAAUCUUCGACUCCAAAAUCUGCCCAGAACUGUUGAUAUUAGAUGCUUGUUCCGUCUACUCUGUUGUUAUCGAAGUGGAGGUCUUUGGCUCGUACCGAUCGCAGCCCAGCGAAAAGGCCACGCUCAGAACCAAACCUCCGGAGUAUUUGCAGACACAAAUUGAUGAACCAGUCGAAUCCGGUUCAGAUUGGUUGGCAUUUCGAUGGAACUUGUCCGUAUCACAAUGUCAAAUGGCCACCACCGGGUUUCAGUUUAAUUUAAUUAGUGUGCGUGAAAACAGCUCCAAACUGUAUGAGUGCAACAUAACUUCCCAAAACACUCCAGAUUCGAAAUUCUUUUUCAACACCAGUUUGACUGGUUGUGAUCAAAGAAUAAUAGUACCACCCUGUUCAGAUUAUCACGUGGCUGUCAUCCCCAAAAUAUUCGAUAUCUUUUAUAACGAAUACCGUGACAGCUCAACGGGCAGAACCACAUGUGAAACCAUAUCAGCUUUUGUUUUAUCGAUGAAAACUGGGUCUGACUGGAUAAGUUUCAACUGGACCACGUCCGUAAAGGAUUGCAGGGACGUCUUAACUGGUUUUUGGCUUAGCAUAGCUCCAAGUACAUUCAAGUCAAGAAAAGAUGAUAACCUUCAAUUCAUACCUAUGAAAGAUUGCUACUGUAACUUGAAAAAUGACGAAGACAUCAUGUUCAAUACCAGUUUCUCAUGCUCAAACAAUUGGAUAAGCCCUGGCAUCUUUCCGUGCUCGCAGUAUGAAAUCUACCUUAUACCACAGUUCUUUGACAGUUUGAAUGGAAGUGCUAACCCAAGUAUCAUUAGCAAAACUCUUCCAGGUUACCACAUAACACCUGUAACACAAAAUAUUGAUGCUGGCAAACAUUGGAUCAGUUUCGAAUGGCAAGCGUCAACAGAAACUUGUCGUAAAGACGUCACUGGUUUGUGGAUAACAAUUAAUUCUAUUCCGCCAAACCAAACGGUCACGAAUGGAAGCCUGCUGUACUUUUGCCCCACCGAAACUAACGACGUCACAUUUAUCAGCUUCAACACGAGCUCCAGAUGUUUCCAUGAACAGACCUUAUUCCCGUGCAAUUAUUACACUUUUGAAAUCAAGCUUGAUAUCAAUGGACCAAUAGGACGUACCAGCCUUGUAAACAGGACGACGACACCUGGGCAAGAUGCCACGGUGUUUAUAAAUGCGCAAGAUUCCGGCACGGAUUGGAUUACCUUUGAAUGGCAAUCUUCAGUUCGUGAGUGCCAAAAAUUUAUCACGGAAUACCAUUUAAACAUUACAGAUGUCUUCAAUGGCGUUUCCCAGUCGAAACAUUUAUCUCGAAGCUGCAGCACAAAUCCCUUGGUAAUCGGCUUUAACAGCAGUUUACCCUGUGCCGGAUUAGAAAUCUCUCCUUGUUCAAAUUACUUAGUGUCGUUAGUGCCACAGUUUCACAUAGGUACUUCAAUAAUAAGCGGAAUCGGCGCAGUAAUCCAAAUAGGAUCCAAGUCGGGUAAUGGAGGGGAAAUUAAACAACCGAUUGUAGCUUCCCAAGGUACAAAUUCGCUCACCUUGACGUGGUUUGAACCAACAUGCCGUUCAACUGCCAAUCUAGUGUACUAUAACGUGACCGUCAUACCAAAUUGGAAUUCAACAACACAUGUCAGCAAGACAUUUUUAAAAAUUAAACCCGAGUGUCUUGACAAAAUUCCAAACGGUCAAGUAUCUAUGACACUGAAUGAAUCUGUUUGCGAUCGCGGUUAUAAAUUCGAUUCUUGCGCUCCCUACGUCAUCAAGAUUCUGCCCGUUUACCAAUUACCCAGUGCCAAUGAAAAUAUUUUUGGUUGGGAAACGAAAACCCAAACACUUCCUAUGCAAAACGAGGCGUCUGUCAACAACUUGACUGUGCAAGAUGUUGGUACACGAUGGAUAAUCGUUUCCUGGCCGAUGCCAACAUGUCAUUUACCGAUUAGUGUGUGGAAUCUCACAGAAUUAUCAUUGAAAAGUUCCGUGAUCCUGCCUCCAGAUUGUCCCACGUAUAUGAACGCCACCCAUUUAACUCUUAACAUCUCCGACUCGAUACUCUGCAGAAAUGGUGAUCAUCCCAUCAACUUUGAAGUGCCCUUUAUCCCAUGCACUAACUAUACACUUGGCGUCCAUAUAAAGUACCCCAAUCUGGACGUCCAACCUGGAAGUAAUAACAUUGUUUCAGCUACCACUGAAAUCGAACUUCCGGGAGUUGUAAGUAACUUGACGUGGAGUGGAACAAAAAAUAGCGUUUUGCUUGAAUGGGGUGUCCCGAAGAAGAAUCCUCAAUGCGUCGAAGGCUAUCAAGUACUAUGGAACAAUAAGGAAACUUUAACCAAAGAUACCUAUGCCUCGCUGAAUAGCUUACGACCAUGCACAAGAAUUCUCGCAUCGGUGAAGGCUCUCCCAAAUUCAAUAUCUGAUUUGCAUGAAAGCGAAAUUCGUGUCUUUGUUUACACAGAUGUUGUUGAUCCCGCACCUGUACAGUCUGAAGUCAACGUAAGCAUUCUAGACAAUGAGUGGACGCGGAACGUAUCAUGGCUAAAACCUGAAAUUGACGAUUGUAUUUCAGGAUACAAAGUCAGCAUUAAAGAAUCAACUUCAACGGAUGUUGUGUACAACGAGACCAUUUGGGGGAAGAAUUCAACAUGGAUUUUGUUUAACGAUGGAUUUGAAAAAGAACAUUUAUACAAUGUUUCUAUCGCCACCUUUUGCAAUUUCAUAGGAGAAACUUACGUGAGCGAUCCUACCUCACAUGCCUUCACAUGGGACACGGCAUCAGGUAUGAUAGACACCACUUCGUUAGUUUGCGGAAUAAUUUUCCCAAUCUUAGCGCUUGCAAUUUUUUACUGUGCUGUACUACGUCGAAAAAGCCAAAACACUAUUUUGAAUCCCAGUCUCACAGUCGACCAAGAUAAACCAACAUCUGUUAACCAAACGCCACGAGCAAUGAACGGUAGAAAACGUAUUUUAGUGAACGAACUGAGACGAACAAUCGAGUGGUUAGAGACAGACUCUAAUUACGAACUAAGCAAGGAAUUUGAAUUGAUAAAAUCAAUGUCGUCAGAUAAGGCAAGUUGCUCGGUGGCCAAAUUGCCUGAGAAUCAAGCCAAGAAUCGCUACUGUGACAUUCUUCCAUAUGAUCAUUCGAGGGUUAGACUAAAUACUGUACAGGGAACACCUCCACACUCGGAUUACAUCAAUGCCUCAUUUAUAUCGGGUUAUGUAGGGAAGCGAGUUUACAUCGCCACUCAAGGGCCUAAACCAUCAACCAUUGAAGACUUUUGGCUUAUGUGUUUCAAACAAGAUGUUAAACUGAUUGUGGCCCUCACAUCGUUAGAGGAAAGAGGACGGGUAAAAUGUGCCCAAUACUGGCCGUCUAGCAAAUCAUGUGAAUAUGGUAAUAUGUACGUUGAACUGAUAAAUGAAAUACGAGAAAGCUGUUAUACUGUUCGGGAUUUCUUGAUAACACAAAUUUUUAAUGGCGAAUUGAGUGCUCCAAAAUUUGCAAGGCAAAUGCAUUAUACUAAAUGGCCAGAUUUCGGUUGUCCAGAAAAUCCAGAACAACUCAUUCAUUUUAUUCAUGCAAUGCGAGCUGAAAGCGUUUCACUCUAUAAUACUUACCGGAUAGCUUGUCCUAUCAUUGUUCACUGCAGUGCUGGAGUCGGAAGAACAGGAACUCUGAUAGCGUUAGAUAUUCUCAUGGAACAGGCGCGACGUAAGAAAAUUAUCGACGUGUUUGGUACAGUACUUAAAUUACGUGAGGAUCGUGAUCGCAUGGUGCAGAACGAGGAACAAUAUCACUUCCUUUACAAAUGCAUCGAGAGCUACUGCCGUAAUGAGUUACAAUUGAAAGAUCGUUGGUCUUUAAAUUCGGCCGAUUAUCAAUCGCCUGACAGUAUUGCGCUUACUCCUCUCUCGUUUUUCAAGAAAGGUCAAGGUGCUGCAUUUAGUGCAGUGUAAUAAUGCUCACUAAUUCAUUGCCCAUUUUCCGAUGUAAAUAUUAGUUUAUUUGCUAGUAUGGUUUUAUAUUUUAAACUAUAACUUUGUUGGCUUUUGAAAGCCAACUUCGUGUAUUUGAACAGCAUACGGUGUCAAGAGGACGGGUUGUGAGUAGGUUUAAAACGAGCUCUUGUCUAUACAAUCUGUGAGCGGAAAGUUAGAUAAGGACGACUAACGUUAAGCAAACAAUAUUUGCAUUACGUGCUCGUCCCGAUUCUUGUGGUGGACUCGAUGCUCAUUUAAACGCUGGCCAAACUGGUUCUGAUUUUAUCAAUGAAACAUUAUAGUCUUUCGACACUUGGUCAAUAAUCUUUGAUCUAUUGUCGUCUACGUGCAUUUUCUUCACCUGCCCUUAUUUUUAUGUAUGAUGUCAUCAAACUUGGGUUAGAAAACGAAAUGGCUUUGGUUUUAAACCGAUUAAAAACAGACGAAGCGGACCGUUAAAACAGGGGCGUAAAUAUACAUGUGAGAUGA